UAAGGAGGGGAGAUCUACCUAACUGCAUGUGUGUGGGCUGGGGAGGAUUGGAGAGUUUAGGAUAGAAGAGGAAUUCGACAGCGGAAGGAGUAAAUGACAUUCAAGACGGGACAGCUCCAUGCUGUGAACUCUCGGGGGGAGCUUUGAAGAACACUAAUAGUCUGGAAUGAAAUGCAGGAUGAAUGGAGGAAGCAUCAGGAGGUGAGAUUGGAGAUGGGACCAAGAGUCAGGUGGUGAAGAUUUGAACCCAUGACCUAAGAGCUUGGCAUGGUCUAAGCUUCAAGGGGGAGAGGCAGUGCUGCAGCUAAGUCCCAGAUUUCUGUCUCGGACCAUGGGGAGUCGUGGGACUGUAGAUCUCACCGGUGGGGGUGGAGCCCUGGUGGGUGACCAAAACCGGGGGUGGGUGGGAAUUGAAUUUAAUCUAAAUGAAGCCCACCCCUCCAGCCCGGGUCUCCUUCCUCUCCCUCCGGGAGGUCUUCCUGUUGCCCUAGCUUUUUGUCCUGCAUCCACAGACCCUUCUACCUUCCCCUGAAGAUGCAGAGAUUCGGGAACAGAAUGACAGGCUGGCAGGUCAAGGUCUCGCACGUGACCAACCCGGGCUUGAUCCCGGGCACCACACAGCGUCCCCUUGGUCCCGCGAAGAGUGACCCCCUGAGCAUCACCGGGUGUGUCCCCCACACGAAAAAGGCCAAACGGUUCGGCCUUGCGAUAGGAAGUCGUGACCCGCUGGGGCUCCCAGCCAGGCCCGGGUGAGCGCUGGGUGGGGCGGUGCCUUCCCAACCAGCGGGACCGAAGCCCCUUCGGACCCCCAGGAGGCCGCUUUCCGACCCACCGGGCAGCCGGGCGGCCGGGCGGCCUCAGGCCCUCCCAGCUGCCUAAACCCGGAACCUCACUAAUCUCACUAUCUCCCUCCUUCCGAGGCCGUUUAAGUGUCCCUGGGGGCUCCGGGGCGUGGGGAGGCCACGUGUGCGGCUCGCAGCCGAGUUUGCCCCCCUGUUCCUCUCCGGCGCAGGAAAACAGGCAACGCGAAGCCUGACCCCGCGUUCCCAUCCCUGAGCUCAGAAGCUCUAACAGAGCUUUUAUUUUAUUUCUGGGGAGGGGAUGGGAGGAUGCUGGCGCCGGUUAGGGGUGCCUGGCGGAAAGCCGGCGCGGCUCCAGGCCCCCGGCACGACCCACGCCGCAUGGGGGCCGCCAUCUUCCCCUCCCAGCGGAGCAUCCUGGGAACGACCCGGAGCCCCGCGCAUGCGCUCUGCGCGCCGCAGCGCACCCUAGCGGGCCCGCGGGGUACCCGCGCAGAUGCCGACGCCCCGAGAGACCCGCGGACACGUGACUUCCAGCUGGGUUCGGUGGGCGGUCGGGGGCGCCGUGCAAAAGCUCCGUAACAGAGGGGAAUGGCAGACUGGGAAACUGAGGUUUGGGAUGAAGAACGGGCCCGGGGACCCACGCGACUUGCCUCCGUGCCCCGUGCAGGGAAUUGCAGCUCCCCGGCAGCGGUUCCAGCGGGGAGCGGCUGUGUCGUAAAGCAGUGAAAGCGUUUUUGAUCAAAGAAGAUGCAUCUGGCCUUGUAAAAGCACGGGCUGGAUUGUUGCCACUCGCGCCUGCUGUUGUGCCGAGCUUAAAAGAGAACAUUUGGGUCUAGUGCGAGACGACAGGAGCGGCUCUCUGCCAGCAGCUCGCACUGGGCACCCGGAGUCGGAGGCUGCUCGGGGACCUGGGCGUGGAGUCUCGGAGGACGCAUCGCGCGUGCAGACACACCGGGUGUUCCGUGACGCAGGUGCUGAGAAGGGCGGACAGCGAUUUUCCAAACACCGAACAAAACAAAGCGUCCCGAGGAGCAGCCAUGGCUGUGUUGUACCCGUCUCUGGAGGAUCUGAAGGUGGACCAGGCCAUCCAGGCCCAGGCCAGAGCCACGCCCUCGAUUCCCGCCCCGCUGGUACAGGGGGCAGCUGCUUCCCAGCCUCCAGUUCUCUACCCAAACCUGGCAGAACUGGAAAGUUAUAUGGGUCUUUCCCUGUCCAGCCAAGAAGUCCAGCAGAACCUGCCGCCGAUGCCAGACGAUGCCAGUACGGCGACGGCCCGGGGCCUGAUGGUUGCGCCGGUGUCGGGGAAUAAUUUGGGCGUGCGGCGAGCAGAGAUCAAGCCCGGGGUGCGCGAGAUUCACCUGUGCAAGGAUGAGAGGGGCAAGACGGGGCUUCGGCUGCAGCCCAUCGACCAGGGUCUCUUUGUGCAGCUGGUCCAGGCCAACUCGCCCGCGGCCCUGGUGGGGCUGCGCUUUGGGGACCAGAUCCUGCAGAUCGACGGGCACGACUGUGCCGGGUGGAGCAAGGACAAAGCCCACCGGGCCGUGAAGAAGGCGUCGGCCGAGAAGAUCGUCAUGGUGGUCCGCGACAGGCCCUUCCAGCGGACGGUCACCACGCACAGGGACAGCACCGGCCACCUGGGCUUCGUCAUCAAGAAGGGGAAGGUGUGCUCGGUGGUGAAGGGCAGCUCGGCUGCCCGCAACGGGCUCCUCACCAACCACUACCUCUGCGAGGUGAACGGGCAGAACGUCAUCGGGAUGAAGGACAAAGAGAUCACGGAGGUUUUGGCUGCCACUGGGCAGGUCGUGACCCUGACCAUCAUCCCCACGGUCAUCUAUGAGCACAUGGUCAGAAGGCUGUCGCCCACCCUGCUGCAGCACACCAUGGACCGCUCCAUCCCUGACGUCUGAGCCCCCCAAGGCAGCGUGCUGGGAGCCGGGGCUGGACCCGCUGGACUCAUACAGGCCGCGGGGUCCAGGCCAGAGUCAGGUCAGGCUGCGGCCACACUCUGGCCAUAACCACACUCCGGCUGCAGCCACGCUCUGGCCUCAGCCACACUCUGGGUGCAGCCCCUCCCUGGCAGGAGUUUGUUGCAACCAGAAAAACAGCUCCAUUUCCAAAGAACAGAAAUAGAUUCUCAUGAGACGUUGUCCGGUCCUCCUCUCCUCCUUCACACGCGCUCACAACCCUGCAUUCUUUCGAAUAAGGAGAAGCCACGUGACCUUGGGCACAGAAGCCCUUCCUCAGGAGCACUGAAGGUCCUGGUCCUCGCUCCCAGGACCAGGGCUGGGGUGGCUCUGCCCGUCACUCGGGGAAUCUGGAGACUGGCGGGUGGCCCGGGGGGCUGCAGGACAGUGUAUAUGAAUGUGUGUGUGAGUGCAUGUAUAUUUGUGUGAGUACAUGUACAUAAUAUACACAUGUGAAUGUGUAUAUGAAUGUGUGUUUGUGUAAGUGUGUGAGAGUGAGUUGCUGUGUAUGAGUGAGUUUAUGAAUGUUUGUGUGAAUGUAUACACAGUUGUGUAUGGAUGUGUGUGUGAGUCUGUUGUAUGAGUGUGUGCUUGUAUGUAUAUUUGUCUGAGUCUGUGUGGGUGAGCGAGCCUAUAUGUGUGUGUUUGUGUGCGUGUGAGCCACCCUCUCCUGCCCUCGGAAAGAAGACACAGCCAGAGCAGGUGUUGGUGUUUCCAUGCUUUAAUUCAGAGCCGAGCGCCGCGGGUACAACUCUGGCUGAACGAGAGGACGAAGGAGACAGAAGUGAAGACCCCCCCACCUCCCCUUGCCCGUGUCCCCUGAGUUCUCUGUCAAGGGGACGGUCUAAGAUGAGUGCACUGUGACCUGUUUGUGGGGCCCCCCACGCCGGAGAGUGGGUGUGGGUUCUGGGGGCUUUUGCUCGAGAACCCUUCAAGGCGCUGUCACAUGGACCCGCCCAGGACCAGCGGCCACUGGGAAGGGCGGUGGGUGAAAAGCUGUUUCCCCCUUGGGAGAUAUUUGGAAUAAACUUGGCGGGAGCCCGGCGUGCCCCUCUCCACCUCAUUCCUGCCGCAGCCUGGAGCGAGGCGUGGAGGUCGGCCGAGGCUGGGCCGCGGAGGACAGGCUCCCCAGGCUGCCGGCCGCGGGCAGCGGAUGUCCAGAAGGCGGCUCCCGGGAACGGGGAUCCUUUGGAGCCCAUCAGCUUGGGGCCCAAGGCGGGGGAGGGGGCAGGCCCCAAGGUCCCCGUUCCUGAAGCUGAGGGCAGGCCGGCGAGGUCCCCGCCGGCAGGAGGAGGUCCGAGGCAGGCGGGCGAGGGCGCUUUGGAGGCAGAGCAGUAGCCGGGGACCUGGGGCCGGGCCUGGCCUCCAGCCCCUGAGUGUGGGCCCUGCAGUGGCGGGGCUGGAGCCUGAGCCAGCAGGCGCUGUGCCCCCACACGGGGCGGCCGGGCCAGGCUGCACCUUUUGCAUAGAUGCGGAAAGGGGAACACUCACAGACACACACAGACUCACGCAGACACAGACGCACACAGGAGCCCUGGGUCACGGGCGGAAUGGGCUGGGAGCCGUCUCCACUGCUGGGGGCCCCCGGCCCGGGCACUCUGGGCAAGGGGGGCUGGGGCCCUCGCAGAGCCCCGCCUCAGGCCCUCGCCUCGCCCCCCGGCCCGCUCCAGGCCCCUGGACCGCAGCACUGAUUGACUGCUCCAUCCACAGUAAGGACACCAGCCACGCCACCAAGCACAGGCCACAGAAGGAAGGCCACAGAGUGAGACGCCAGCAGGACUGUGGAAGGGGGGUGGGUGGGUGGGUGGGUGUCACAUGGCUUGACGACGACAUUCCAGAGGUGAGAGACAGAUUCCACGUGGCCAAAGAGAGCCGCACGUUUAUUUCCUCGGCAAAGCUUAGUUUCUGAGUCGACACCACGCGGCCGCAGGAGCACCCAGGACGCGGGGCCUGGCCAGGGCUGGGCACAGAGCCCCCCCCGAGGCACACCCAGGUCCCGGGGUGGGUGUGGGGGGGCGCCCAGCCAGGCGGGUCUGGCCGGUGCUGGGGAGGGGAGGGGGGAUGUUUUGCGCAGGAUGGCUGGUGUGCGAACAGGACCAAGGCGGGGUGGCCUUGGAGGCGUGAAGCGCGAGGUGGAGAGGGCGCGUGGCUCUCCGGGGACAUGCGGGUGCCCCCCACCCAGCUGAGCUGCGGGCGUGGGAAGGGCGGGGCAGCAGGGGUGGGGGGGGCGAGCAAGCGACCUCGGCAGAGAAGCACAGUCGCCUGAGGCCUGAGGAGGGAGAUGCCAGAGAUGGGCCAAACCUCUGGACAACAGCUGGGCACUCGGACGGGGGGGAUGGCUUGGGGCUCCCAGGGUCCAGACGGGGCGUCCGUGUCGGCAGCUUGGACGGGGGCUCCCGCCAACCACGCACCCCGGACCUCUUACCCAGCUUCAGCUCAGCUCUAAUCCCCGUCUCACGGCGCACCCCGCCUCCUGCGCCCGCAGACAGACAGGCCUGAGGUCGAGAAGCCCCCAUCCUGGCCCGCAGGCAGCCCCCCAUGGGGGCACCCCGGGAUGUGGAAGCAACAAGCCCCCGUAGGGAACAGAGUGCAAAGAGAAUGUCUGACCUGAAGCCCCCCCCCCCCCGCCCCGCCAGCCAGAGAAAGGUGGGGUGUGCUCUGAGGGGGGCUGGGAAGGUCUGCAAGCAAGAGCCCUGCUGAGUCCAGUCCCCGCCUUCCACCUCCCAGCCUGUCCAGCUGCCAGCCGGGCUCAGCGCCCCCAGAGAAGGAAGCGACAGGCCCCGGGUGCCCGAGAUGGCCCGAGGGGGUGGAGAUGGGGUGGACGGAUGAGAGACAAACACGAAAGCCGCUCGCCCUCUGCCUCCUCCUGCCCUUUCCUCCAGCCUGUGGCCCAACUGUGCCGCAGGACCCCGAAGUGGGCUGCCCCAGCCGUCCCCAACCCUGCUGGAGAGCCGAAAAGCUGGGUGGGUGGCUUGUGCCUGCCUCCAGCUGAAGGGUAAUACUGGCCCUGAGUCCCGGGCUGGGCAGGGGGCGGCUUGGGAGGGAAGCGGGACGUGAGGGUGGGGGCCGGGGCUCCUCCGGGCCAAGCUCCCCGGCUUAGCGGACCCACGAGCUCCGCUGGGGCAGGGCGGGCAGGGCCGGGGGCUCGCCACCCUCUUGGGGCCACAUGUCCCUCCAGCGUGCCUUCCCGCCUCCGCCCUGGUCCCUCCUCUCUUGGGGCUGCCUCCCCCUCCCCCCUGUCUCCUGCCCCACUUCAUGGUUACCGCCUGGAAAAAAUAUUAAAAAAAAAAAAAAGAA